AGGGCCAUCUACCAAAUCAGAAAUAUGUCAUGUGACUUCACUAACAUUAAACUCUCCAUUCAUAAUACUACAACUUUUUCGAAAGGAAUUAGGACAACAAAUUAACUGAAGGAGAUUCUUGAGGAAAUCAGGACAAAAAACCUAUUAAUUUCGACGCAUGUUGAAAACUUAAUACUCCAGGAGGUUCUUCCAUCGGAGGUUACGUGGCAUAAAGCAGUGCGUUUCCAAUAGCAUGUUGCCACUGCUGCAGAAUAUACUAUACCAACUAAUUGAUCCCAAUGAUGGCAAGGCACCCUGCACAACCCACUAUUAGAAGCACUUAAUUUGUUCUUGCAUAUUAAUCUAGUACUUACCAGUCACGGUUGUGCCUAACAAUGAGAAUAUAUAAGUCCAUCCUUCUAUAUAAUCUUCUCUUUUCCCUUAGCUUGCUUUAACCUCAGCUAGCCUUCAAUAGUUAUGCCAAUGGAGUUUUUCCUUCUUUGCCUCCUUUCCCUUGGCAAUCUCGCAACUUUUGCUACCGGUGACGAUAGAUUUGCCUACUCCGGCUUCACUGGUGCUAACCUCACCCUUGAUGGCACUGCCACGGUCACACCAGAGGGACUCCUUGUGCUAACCAAUGGCACGGCCAACCUCAUUGGCCAUGCAAUCAACCCGACUCCCCUGCACUUCCGCAGGAGGCCUGACGGCACGGUGGAAUCAUUCUCGGUCUCCUUUGUGUUCGGAAUCCAGUCUAUCAACCCCGAUGUAAGUGUCGAUGGAAUGGCUUUUUUUGUCUCUAGAAGCAAUAAUUUCUCCAACGCGUUUGCAAGCCAGUUCUUGGGCCUCCUGAAUGAUCAAAAUGAUGGCAACAAGAGCAACCACAUCUUUGCAGUUGAGCUUGAUACAUUCCAAAACACCGAGCUCCAAGACAUCAAUGACAACCAUGUUGGUAUUGACAUAAACAGCCUACACUCCAAACAGUCCCACUCCGCUGGAUUCUAUGAAGACAGUAGUGGCGCCUUCAAAAACUUAAGCCUUAAUAGUGGUGAGGCGAUGCGAGUGUGGGUCAGCUACGAUGGAGGGGACACACAAAUCAACGUGACCAUGGCUCCCCUCCGAGCAGCCAAACCUGCCAGGCCACUACUUUCACUCACCUAUAACCUUUCUGCAGUUCUCAUCGACCCAGCAUACAUCGGCUUCUCAUCAGCAACUGGCCCAGUCAGCACACGGUAUUUUCUUCUUGGGUGGAGCUUCAGCUUGAAUAGCCUUGCUCCAGAUAUCGACAUUGCUAAACUCCCAAAGUUACCUCGUGUUGGCCCAAAGCCUAGCUCCAGGAUCUUAGUGAUCAUCACUCCAAUUUCCACUGCAGUGUUCAUCAUCACUAUGGGCACCAUCAUCAUUCUACUUGUGCUAAGACGAAGAAGGUAUGCUGAACUGCGAGAGGAUUGGGAGGUCGAGUUCGGGCCACACCGAUACAAGUACAAGGAUUUGUACCAAGCAACAGAAGGAUUUAGGAACAAGCACCUACUUGGUGUAGGAGGAUUUGGGAAGGUGUACAAAGGAGUGCUUCCUGGGUCUAAAUUGGAAGUUGCGGUGAAAGUGGUGUCCCAUGAUUCAAGGCAGGGGAUGAAGGAAUUCAUCACUGAGGUUGUGAGCAUUGGUCGGUUGCGACACCGUAACCUUGUACCGUUACUUGGUUACUGUCGGAGAAAACAUGAACUCAUUUUGGUGUAUGACUAUAUGCCAAAUGGUAGUCUUGAUAAGUAUUUGUACCACGAUGGGGAGAAGUCCACAUUGGAUUGGGCCCAAAGGUUUCAGAUCAUUAGGGAUAUAGCCCGUGGCUUGCUCUACCUUCAUGAGAAAUGGGAGAAAGUUGUCAUACAUCGAGACAUCAAGGCAAGCAACAUCCUCCUCGAUAUCAAUAUGAAUGGGCGGCUAGGUGACUUUGGGCUUGCAAGGCUAUAUGACCACGGUAGUGGCCCACAAACCACACGUGUGGUGGGCACUAUCGGUUACAUAGCCCCUGAGAUGGUGCGCACUGGCAAGGCAUCCCCUCUUACAGAUGUGUUUGCAUUCGGCAUGUUCCUUCUGGAGGUUUCUUGUGGGCGCAGACCUUUUAAGGAAACCUCGACAGGGCAGGGGUUCAGAUUGGUCGACUUUGUACUUGAGCAUUGGCACAAUGGAUCUCUUAUGGAAGCCUUGGACACAAGACUCCAAGGACACUGUAAUGUCAACGAGGCAUGCCUGGUAUUCAACCUUGCGCUUCUGUGCCUGCAUCCAGUUCCAAAUGGAAGGCCAAGCAUGCGGCAAGCUAUGCAGUACCUGGACGGGGACACGCCAUUGCCAGAGUUGGCGCCAAUGGGUCUGAGUGGCAGUAUGCCCUCCUUGAUGCAAGACAUAGGCUUCAGCCCGUCAGUUAUGUCAUAUCCGACGAGCUUCGGCACAAUUUCAAGCCUAUCGGGAGGACGCUGACGCGUGUGUCGUCCAUGGUGUUCUGCACACAUGAAAAUAAAAAGAACAUGCAUCUCAUGAGUGCUUUGCUGCUUCCUCUUUUCACUCCCUCUUGUUUCAAAGAGUUCUCUUCGUUUUCUGGACCUCUUUUGUUCUCUGGUUUUUUGUUUUUUGGGCUGUGUGCAUGCUGUUUAUGCAGAUGCCAAGAGUUGCCAAGAGUGAACUCUUAUGCAGUUUUAUCAUCUUGAUGUAACGAUAAGAGUAAAUAAAACUUUUAUUAUCGAAAAAUGAGUAGUUUUCUGUAUAAUAUAUUUCCAAUGCAUAUAAUAGUGUAUAUAAACCAAGUAGUAUGUAAUGAAGAAGAAUAAUUGUACUCCUACUUAUGGACUCGGGUAAUUUAAUUUCAUUUGGCGCACUGGUGUAGGCCAUGCUUAUCAGGUCAUCAGCCUUGCAUAAUUGGAUUGCGAGCAGUGGAUCUACUCUCUGUAUCGACUGUUAGAGACCGUGGAAAAGGUUGACAUAUAUUACAAGAAACAUAUACAUGCACAGACUAUAUUACUGACC